CCCACCGCCGCGGCUGCAGCGAGCCAGGGAUUGGGCGCUCCUCCCCUUUUCCCCCAGCCCGGCGACGACGGCGACGACAACAGCGGCGGCGGCGGCGGCGGCAGCCGGAGGAAGGAGGGCGCAAAGCGCUGACAUGGCGGCCAACAUGUACCGAGUGGGAGAUUAUGUCUAUUUUGAAAACUCUUCAAGCAAUCCAUAUCUGAUAAGGCGAAUAGAAGAACUUAAUAAGACUGCCAAUGGCAAUGUGGAAGCAAAAGUGGUGUGUUUUUACAGACGCCGAGACAUCUCCAAUAGCCUCAUUAUGCUUGCAGAUAAACACGCAAAAGAGGUUGAAGAAGAAUCUGAAAUUCCCAAAGAAGUAGAUUUGACUGAUAAACAGAAACAUCAAUUAAAACACAGGGAACUGUUUCUGUCUCGUCAAUAUGAGUCCCUUCCUGCAACACAUAUCAGGGGGAAAUGCAGUGUUGCACUUCUGAAUGAGACAGAAUCUGUAUUGUCAUAUCUUGCGAAAGAGGAUACUUUCUUCUAUUCGCUGGUGUAUGAUCCUUCACUCAAAACACUCCUAGCAGACAAAGGAGAAAUUAGAGUAGGACCCAGGUAUCAAGCAGAUGUUCCAGAUAUGCUCUCUGAAGGAGAAACAGAUGACCGGGAACAGGCAAAACUUGAAGUGAAAGUGUGGGAUCCAGAUAGCCAGCUCACUGAUCAUCAGAUUGACCAGUUUUUAGUAGUAGCACGUGCGGUUGGCACUUUUGCCCGAGCUCUUGACUGCAGUAGUUCUGUCCGUCAGCCUAGCUUACACAUGAGUGCUGCUGCAGCUUCCCGUGACAUCACUUUGUUUCAUGCAAUGGAUACAUUGCAUAAGCAUAACUAUGAUUUGAGCAGUGCUAUUAGUGUCCUGGUUCCACUUGGUGGUCCUGUGCUCUGUAGAGAUGAAAUGGAAGAAUGGUCGGCUUCAGAGGCUAGUUUGUUUGAGGAAGCCCUGGAGAAAUAUGGCAAAGACUUCAAUGAUAUACGUCAGGACUUUCUACCUUGGAAAUCUUUGACUAGCAUCAUUGAAUAUUACUACAUGUGGAAAACCACAGACAGAUAUAUCCAGCAGAAACGUCUAAAAGCUGCUGAAGCAGAAAGCAAAUUGAAACAAGUGUACAUACCUACUUACAACAAACCAAAUCCCAGUCAGAUAUCCAGCAGUAAUGGAAAACCAAGUGCCAUGAAUGGAGCAGUUGGAGCACCUCAUCAGGCUCAGAAUUCGUUAAUAGGCCGUGCCUGUGAAAGUUGUUAUGUAACACAGUCUCAUCAGUGGUAUUCUUGGGGCCCACCCAACAUGCAGUGUAGAUUAUGUGCACCAUGUUGGAUUUACUGGAAGAAAUAUGGAGGCCUAAAAAUGCCAACACUGACAAAUGAAGACAGAUUCUCUCCUAGUCAAACAACAGAGGAUUCAUGUGUUAGGACACACAUGUCUCGACAGGCAACACAGGGAAUACCGGUCCGGAACACUGGCAGCCCAAAAUCUGCCGUGAAGACACGUCAGUCUUUCUUCCUUCAUACGACAUACUUCACUAAAUUUGCCCGCCAGGUCUGCAGAAAUACCUUACAGCUGAAGCGAGCAGCAAGAAGACCUUUUGUCCUUAUUAACUGUGCUGCCAUUAGGGCAGAAUAUGCUGACAGGCACUGUGAAUUUGUGGGAAAUCCUUUGAAGAUUAAAAGCACUAGAAAAUCAUUAUCGUGUAUCAUUGGAUAUUUGGAAAUUCAUCCUGCAAUGAAACCCAAUAUAAUCAAAUCAACACCAAGCCUUCAGAGUUCGAUGGCAAAGCGUUUGCUUGCUCCCCCUGGCCAUUCGUCAUUAAGUAUUUUGGGAAAGAGAAAUUAUAGCCACCACCAUAAUGGCCUUGAUGGACUUUCCAGCCAUACACAUGGAACUAAGAUGCAAGCUGCGCAUGAUUUCUAUACAACUAAUGGUAAAACUUUACAAGUCGGCACAAGUGACCUUAUGCCAAGCGUUACGCCGUUGCUCAAGAGGCAGAGACAAAACUGGCUCAGUGCUCCCGAUGAUGGUUUGUUUAUUGCUACAGAAGAGACCAGAAAACGUCGUAAGCAGUUUACCCGAUCACAGCUGAAAAGAGCCUGUCGGACCCCAUGCACUUUAAUUCUGAGGAAAAUGAAGUCCCUUAUGACUCACAAAGAGAUUCAAGAGAAUUUGAGUAAUCUUUCACAGCUGAAGACACAACCAUGAAAUCUGUGUUGGUGGUUACUUUAAAAGCAUCACCUGGUAAAGAAGAAUUUCUGAAGCCCUGCAGAAAGCUGUUCUUUUUCCGUGUCAAGAACAGUCUAGUGCUGGAUCUAAGGAGUAAAAUUCAGCUUUGGUCUUUCUUUGAGAUAAGGCAACCAGGAUACAAGACGAUUUAUGUUAAACCUUUUUCAGAGCAUUGAGAAUCACAGUUUGACGACAAUUUCCUGAGAACACGUAGCCCUUUCCAGGGCAAAUUCAGAUAGCUAACCCAUCAUUUAUGAAUCUUUUUCUGCCAAGACUAUCUUGUGGUGAAUCAUUUAAAGUUUUCUUAGUGACCUAUGUAAUCACAGGAGCCCUGUUUUUCAAAGCUCUGGGUGUAUUGCAGUAUCUCAUUCCAAACAUGGAGCUGUGUCUGUUGAAGGACAGAUGCCAAACUGAAUUGUCUUUCUUUAAUUUUGGGAUGUCCUGUUUCAGACAUGCUGAAUUUUAGAAGAAACCUACCAUGUUUGAUUUGAGGAUCAAGAGGGAAAAUAUGAGCAUGGAAG